GGACAGUAUAAAUACUAGCUUAUGAACAAAGCAACCUAUAAGUGAACUCGCAGGUUGAACAAAGCAUGAAAUUUUCACUUCUACUUCUUUUGCUCGUGAUCACGUGUUGUCUGAUUGACGAUUCAGAAGGUUGGGGGAGACGUCGCUGGCGAGUAAGGAUCAGAGUCAGAAGAGUUUUUAAAGCUGUCUGCAACACUGUUUGUCGUAUCAAAUGUGUGAAAUCUUGUCCAUUAUGUAAACCAGUAUGUGGCAGAGUUUGCGGAAAAGUUUGCGGCAGAAAAAGAAGCGAGGAUUUUCAAAGUAAUUCGCUUCCUUGUGACUUUGUUGCUUGGGACAAGAACGGAGAUGGACAUAUUGAUAUAAAGGAGUUUUCUACUGUUGCCUACGUCGCUGUUGAAGAAGGAGAAUUGGCUUUGGCCUUCGAAGCCACAGACACAGAUGGAAACCAAAAGAUUUCCGAAGAAGAACUAGACAAAGCUACAUUUCUUUUUGGAAAAUGUUAACAAGUUGUUAAAAAAUAAUAAAAUGAAUUAAGACUAAUAAAUGCAAGAAUUGUU